AUGUUCGUCUGGGCACACGACGAAGCGGAGAGCAUCGUCGGGACCUGCCAAAUAGACCGACAGCUGCCGCAGAGGUCCCUCCGAGCGCCCACUGGCCACUGUGCCCGGCCGCCACGUCCGCCGGCAGCUCGCUCGCUCGCCGAGCAGCGCGCCACGGCAGGGCCGUGCCGUGGCCCACGCACGCACCAGCCGCCUCCGCCUCCGCCGCCGCCGCCAGGCGCCAACUCCUCCAGUCACGACGGCGCGCAGCUGCGCCGCAAACCGGUCGCGCGGCCGCCGCCUCCGGCCAACGCUCACUCCGCGCCCGCCCCAAUCAAUUCCGGCCGCUUCGCCAGCCGGGGCACCGGCCCGCCCCCAACCACUUCGCACCUCCACGCGUGCUCCCCGUGGCCUCCUCAGCAAGCGGUAAGCCUGGCAACGCGUUGUUUGGGCGAGGUUAUUCAUGUUGAAGUUGGAGAGAAGCGAACAUCGGAAGUGAUGUCACCCCCCGCCGAAGGCGGUCCUCCUUGUGCUGCUUAUGCUGCAUGA